AUGUUCUGGAUACUUUCAGUCGACGACACAGGAGCUCUCCAGCUAGGGAGCGGACGCCCUCGUCAACCCUCGCCAGCAAUUCCCCAGUUCCCACUUCUAUUCGGAAGGGAGGGCCCCUCCCCCCCUCAGCGCUCCCCCCCCCCCCCAGCCCAGCUGUCUCCUGACCCCCUGCGGUCUGCGUCCCCGCCUCGCGGACCCGAGCGGCGGAGAGGAGCCUCCCAGGGCUGCAGCGACGGGGGGGUGGAGGGGGGCGCGGAGCCGAGGGGCCGGGAUGGGCGGACACAACGCGGCGCGCCGAGGUGGGCGGGGGACGGCGCGAAGCCCACCGAGGAGGUGGGGACGCGGUGCCGGGGUCCCCGGGAGCGUCGCCGUGCCUGGCGGGGGGGGAGUGGAGGGGCGGGGAGGGGACCCGGGGCGGCGUGCGUGGACCUUGUCCGCCCGUUCCCGCCGCCUCCGCCACGGUCCCCGGGUCGCUCCCCGCCUCUCCCCACCCUCCGAGGGCCGUUGGUACAGUCCCGCCGACUCCGAGAGCUUAAAAAGGGCCGGGGCCGCGGGCCGCCUCAGACUCGGUCCUGA